UCUGCCGUUGAGGGUUUUCUCUAUUUGUAGUGGAAGACCUGCCUCCAGGAUGGCCUUAGCUGAAAUGGGUCUUUUCCUUAUGUGAACUGGUGUCUCUGUCAGGCCCCGAAACCAGGCAAUUCCACUGCGUAAAUGGGGCUAUAAAAAAAGAAACUUCAGAAAGUGUGGCCAAGAUACUGACCCCAGUCAGGCUGAGCUCAAACUUCCACCCCUGCCAACUGGAUCAUGUCCACCAGCUUGACCACUUGUGAGUGGAAGAAAGUCUUCUAUGAGAAGAUGGAAGUGGCAAAGCCAGCAGACAGCUGGGAGCUCAUCAUGGACCCCAACCUCAAGCCCAAUGAGCUGGCCCCUGGCUGGAAGCAGUACUUGGAACAGCACGCCUCAGGCAGGUUCCACUGCUCCUGGUGCUGGCACACCUGGCAGUCGCCCCACGUGGUCAUCCUCUUCCACAUGUACCUGGACCGUGCCCAGCGGGCGGGCUCGGUGCGCAUGCGCGUCUUCAAGCAGCUGUGCUACGAGUGCGGCACGGCGCGGCUGGACGAGGCGAGCAUGCUGGAGGAGAACAUCGAGAGCCCGGUCCUGAUCGCCAGCCUGCGCGAGCAGUGCUACGACGAGGACGGCGGCCAGUACCGCAUCCACGUGGCCAGCCGGCCGGACCGCGGGCCGCACCUCAGCGAGUUCUGCGAGGCCUGUCAGGAGGGCAUCGUGCACUGGAAGCCCAGCGAGAAGCUGCUGGAGGAGGAGGCGGCCUUCGCUUUCUCCGAUGCCUCCAAGCAGAGGGGCUUGGGCUACAACUUCUUCUCCCUCCGCUGGUGCCUCUUCUGGGCCUCCCUCUGCCUGCUCGUGGUCUACCUGCAGUUCUCCUUCCGCAGCCCCGCCCUGCUCUAG